CAGGCAACUAGCCUUUAACCCCAGAGCCUGCUGGGAUGGACCUCCUGUCUUCCGAAUCAGCCUCCGCUUCCUUUGCUUGGUGGGAGAUGGCAGUCUCUACCAAGAGGCAUGCGCUCCACCUCUACUUCCAAAGUUCAUAUGGUCAGCCAAGUGGGCCCCUGCUCGGUGUCAGCUUUAUAGAGGAAGCGCUAAAAUUCAACAACACAAUGGGUCCUGAGCCCUCACCAAAGCCCUCCACCAGCCCACCCUCUUCUCUGUUCACCCCAGGGAGUAGACCCCCCAAGUCUCCCUCAGAGCAUAAGGAGCGCAAGCCUUCCUCUUCUGAUGACAAAAAGAAAGUGCACCGAGGGGGCUACAGAGACUCCAGUUACUACUGGGAAGUCCACUCUCGAGAAGUCAACAUUCAGAAGAGAAUAGGUGCAGGUUCGUUUGGAACAGUCUUUAAGGGCAAGUGGCACGGAGACGUGGCCAUCAAGAUCCUGAAAGUCACUGAGCCAACGCCGGAACAGCUGCAGGCCUUCAAAAAUGAAAUGCAGGUCUUACGGAAGACCCGCCACGUCAACAUCCUGCUGUUCAUGGGCUAUAUGACUAAGCCCAACUUCGCCAUCAUCACUCAGUGGUGUGAAGGCAGCAGCCUGUACCGCCAUCUGCACGUCACAGAAACCAAGUUUGACACGAUGCGUCGCAUUGAUGUGGCUAGACAAACAGCACAGGGCAUGGAUUACCUUCACGCAAAGAACAUAAUUCAUCGAGAUCUGAAAUCAAACAAUAUUUUUCUCCACGAGGGCUGGACUGUAAAGAUCGGUGACUUUGGCCUGGCCACAGUGAAGUCUCGGUGGAGCGGCUCUCAGCAGGUGGAGCAGCCCAGUGGAUCCAUUCUGUGGAUGGCUCCUGAGGUGAUCCGGAUGCAAGACACCAACCCAUACACGUUCCAGUCUGACGUGUACGGAUACGGAGUUGUGUUGUUUGAGCUGAUGUCAGGGACCCUGCCUUACUCAAAUAUCAACAACAGAGACCAGAUUAUCUUUAUGGUUGGACGUGGUUACUUGUCUCCAGACCUAAGUAAGCUGUCUAGUACCUCACCCAAGUCAAUGAAAAGGCUUAUCAUUGACUGCCUGAAGUUCAAACGUGACGAGAGGCCCUUGUUUCCACAGAUCCUAGUAUCCAUUGAGCAGGUUCAAGACUUGCUGCCAAAAAUAGAGCGGAGUCGCUCGGAGCCGUCGCUCCACAGGGCCGUCCACGCUGAGGACCUGAACCCCCUCCUGUUCCACACCACCCGGCUGAUGCCUCUCUAAGCUCCCCAGCUAUGGGGGAAGAGAGGGCGUCACCCUUUGAAAAAAACCACAGCAUUCCGUGCCUCGGAGAGGCUGACUGUCCCCCACCCCCUCCCACUCACUCCCUGCGCCUGCAGAGCCUUACAGCUGCAGAAACAACCAGAACACAUGUUUUAUCUGAUAUAGAAUCUCCUUCCCUUUAUUCAAGUGAAAACAGAUGUGCUGAUUAAGUGUUCUGGAUCUAGACGCCUCGGAUCAGUCCACUUGAGAGAAAAGCCAUCAAACUGAUGCAUUUCAUGACCUGACCUACAAGGAGGUGUUUUAGUUGCUUUGAAGAAAAGGUCAAAACAGACAUGUUUUGCACGCACCCUGCAACAUUGAGGCAGCCUACUAACAGCAGUGGAAUAGUGCAACUAUAGUGUACGACAUGCUAGAGCUGCUGUUCAGGUCAGCUGAUCAGAUUCCAUAAUUCAAACGCUCAGCUGUCAUGUGGCCCUGUCAGUCUAGGUGUGAAGCUAGUGAUUUGAAAACAAACUGCCCAUUUGGGAUUGUUUGUCAAAACACAAGACAUUUUAUCUCUGUAAACCUAUUCUAUUUCAUGCUUUUGCAAAUAUUUCCCUGCUAGAAUGAAUGUCAUGUUUCAACCACAUCAACAUAAUAAACAUGUGGAGGCAUAUGAGAAUAAGAAAGUUCAAUCCAUUGCCAGUCUAGAAGAAAAUGGCAACCUUCAACACUAACUAAUUUAAAAAGUGUUAUUGGAAAAUACAAAUGACUGAUAGGAAGUAAGAUAGAGGAAAGUAUCUGGGUACACAAUAAAGCAGUAACCGGCUCAAAAAGGAGAUUGUCGGGAAUGAAAAUGUGCUUCUCUUGUUGAUUCUGAACUAUACAACAACAGGACACAUUUAUCUAGUUUGACUCAUUUUCUUCAAAGUAACUAAAGGCUAUCAGUUACAUGUGAAAUGAUAUUUACCUUGCCCCGCUGGGUUCAUUGUUUAGCUUGUUGUAUUAAGCUUCACACUGAAUAUAGGAUUACAUCGUUAAGACCAACAGUUUUGUAGUAUACACAAAAGGGUUUGUCUGACCAUUUUAUUAAUCAUUCUGAUAUUGAACAUUUCCAAGAUAUAAGUUUCAAAUCAUCAUUUAAGUUUCCAGUUAAGAAAAAAAACGUCUAACCCCUGCUAAUCAUCAGAUAGAUGACACUUAAAUCUAGAAGAAUAUUUCAAUCAAUUCUAAUGAGGUAAACAAAUCUAAGUCUACUUCAACGGCAAUAUUUAAAUCUUGUGUCCACAGACCACUGUGUUGCUCUGCCCCUUUAUACGCGGAGACACACCAUAUAGUUCCAUGUUUGUGGUGAACAUGAAGUGAAAUUGAAGAUUGUUUCAAAAGAAUGUCAUCAAAUCGUUUUUUUUUUUGCCUAAUAAGGAAUUGACAGAUCAUAGUAAGUUGCAGUCUUAAUGUAAAUGGUUAGUUGUUAUUGCUGCUACAUUUGUGUUUUCUGUGUUUCUACGCCUCAGAGACACUGUGCACCCCGCACAGCUUCAUCAAGUCUGAGCAGAUCCUUUCUAACGCUCACCGUGGAUCGACCACUGGAGGAUAUUUGAGGGUCAUGCCGGCACACACUUUAACUAGUACUGUAGCUUUUGGGAGUGCAUUAACGCCGAGUAACUGGAGCUGUUUCCUUUAUGAACUCUUUCCCUUACACACAUGUAGCCAACAACAGGUGAAGCGUUCUCACUUGGUCUAAGAGAGGGGUAGAGCAUGCAGGAGGCACAUCAUGACAUGAGUGCGGUCAUUUAGCCGGUUAGUCAUUUGGAUAACUUGUCGCUUGUGUCCUCAAAUUUGUCUGAAUCUUUGGAGAUGGCUUUUAUCUCGCCUUUUAUAAAGUUAGACAUUUUUGUUCGUGGCGUCUCCAUGUAAAAGACCCUUCCACAUUAUACUCAGCUGUUUAGUUUCUUCUGGUUGACACUGCCAGCUGCGAAAGGAAAGUCAUCAACACGCCUAGCGGGCGUGAGAACUCUAGUCACAUAUGGGCUCAAAUCAGAUUUCCACAGACUCUGUACUUAGAGCCGUCAGGGUGAAAUCCGCCUGUUGUCUGGUCACGUUGAUUAGGACAUUUCUCACAUACAGCUUUUCUGGGUGAUGACUAGAUCAUUUCAGGGUUCCAGUGCCUGUGUUAAAGGAUUAAAACCUGCUGUAACAGCUGCCAAACUCCCCACCAAUUAUUUGUCUCCAGCAGUCUCAACAUUACAGUUUUCUAUUCACGGAGUAGCUCUCCAUUACGCCUACAGUGAUGGUAAUUAUGUGAGGAAUAAAAAAUGAGCUUGAAAUUCAUUCUUAUUGUGAUGUCAAGAGAUUUGUUUUAUCUGUCAGAUUUUCUGUUUUUAAAAUGAUAUUUGAAAUUCCGAUUGGCCCUGAUUCCAUGCUCUGGAUGAUUGGGUCAGCACUUCAGCUGCUGAUAGUCAGGAUCAAGUUGCAUACAUUAGGUAAUGCAAAUGGCUUCAGUUGUUUCACCUGGCUGGCAUGUUAUGUGGAUACUUGAAUACCUGUCUAGAGGUUUUGUUGCAAAGCUGUUGUGCCACUGUAAUGGAGUUGCAGCGUCUGUGCAAUGUGUGGGGGGAGAAGACUUUGUCAAACAGACUGAGGGAGCAAUAAGGAUGAGCUCAGUGUUUCCUGGCGCUCUGGAACAGAAGGAAAGAAACAAACACUCACUUGUAGAUGAUGGCUCACAGUUUGAUCAGUAAUCAACUGUUAUUCACUGUGUAAUGAUCAAUAACGAUGGUGGAUGUGUGAUGGUGUGUGCAGCUCUCGGCCAUUUUAGUUGUAAUUAAGUGUGCCGUGUCCCUGACGCAUUAUGGGCAUAAUGUAACAUUGGAAAGGCCUCACAACAAGCCUCAACUGUUGGAUGUCUACCUGUGAUGGGUCUGCAGUUCUUUCCCAACACUUGUCCUGUUCAGAAUAAAAUGCAUCAUGGGACUUUAUUCAUUACAGGAGAAUUGUUUUGAUUCAUGCUAAACUCUUUCAGGGAUUAUAAUCCUAGUCCCAUGCAAAAACUGUAAACUAAUGUGGACACAUCAUCAGUGUCAGUGGCAUGGGGAAUUCUUCGUUCCACUGAGAGAAAUCCACCUGGAUUCAAAAGUAACAUCUGAAAUAACUAAUUUAGUUUUCUUCACGGCGACGGGUUAGUCGCCUGCUCUCUUCCUUGCUGUGGUGUUUGAACGGCUCAAUAAUACUGAGUUCUCAGCUCUCAUAUGUCAUUCUCUUGGAAGUAUUAGCUUUAUAAUACUACUGAGUGGUUUGGAUUUUAGUGUCACCCUCAAGUGUAAAUGGACCAGCUGUGUGGGGAGGGGAGGGGGGUGUUGGGUGUUCUGUGAACUGGCUUUUCUCCGCUGUAUAUUGUAUGCAUCAGUCAUUAAUGAACUGAACGCAGACCAGAUAUUUAAACCGUAAUAUUUGAAUGUUGUGAAGAUAGGGGCUGGGUACCCUUACUGUUCUUACUCAUUCCAGUUAUUUUGAUGGUUUGGGGGGGGGGGGCAUUGGUUUAACCUGUUGGGGUGGGGAUCUGUGAAGCAGAGUUAUGAAAGACUUAGUUUCUGUCUUUAUUUAUUAAUGUGUUCUGUGAGGUGGUUAGAUGUUGGCAGAGGGACAUCACUCUCUGCAACACUCGCCAUCGCUCUCUAACAAGAAUGUUUUUUUAGGCUCGGUACUGUCUGCUCCUUCAAAUAACUUUUAUUCUGAUACUGUCUCCUGCAGGGGCAUUUGUAGUGACUUGUCUUUUAAACAUCUUAAGCACAAACUAGAUAUCAAACUUUUUUGCAAUAUUUUGUUCAUAGGUUUUCACUACGAUAGCAUUUGUUAAUAACAACACUUCAAAAUACUUGUGAUAUGGGCUGUGACGUUUAAGUGUAGCUUUUCAGUAUUUGAAUAGCCUUUUGGCUGCUGAAUGAAAGAAACCCACCUUUUUAAAUACAAUGCUUUUAUAGUCUUUCAGACAGAAUGUCCAUGAUGCACUGGUGGGCCAGGUUUCCUGGGAAUGUAAGUCAUACGUGCAUAGCCUCUCAGAGGGACUGUGUAGUGGAGAACUCAUUACUUCCUGUUCAGAAAGUGAGGCGUCUCCCAAAGAGGACAGUUCAUCUGGUAUCCAAUGGCAACAAAUGCCACAGUUACUGAAAAUCUUUUCAAAUGGACCUGAACGUUUGGAUGACAAAGAGGAGCCUGCGCUGCUUCUGGAGACUUCCUGGGGCGGCCGAGGGGAAACAAACUAACAGCUGCUUGUUUCGGAGAAGAAGGGGCGGAGCGAUCUGUAUCAGAAUAGAUUUUUGUCUUUCCAUAUCUCUAGGUGAAUAUUGCAAUACUUGUGUUUAUAGUUUCUGAGGUGUCAGGGGUCUUCAGUUUGUAAUAAAUGGUAUGUUCUUCUCUGUACAGUUACAUUUUUAAUUACAAAAAUUGUACUUUUCUCUAUUUUUGUGUGGUUUCAAAAGAACAAAAUUAUUUUAAAGUGUAAAUGAUAUCUUAGUAUUUUUUUAGUUUUGUUGUCUUAAAAUAUUGAUGCAGGAUUUAUUCUUCAAAUAAAAGCAAUUAUCUGUGUUA